UCGGAUGCGCUCUACCUCAAAGCGCGUUCAAAUUCUGGAAAACCCUAGUUUCAAUGAAAUGGGAACGAAGACGGGAUGGGGGGAUGACCUCCAACUUUCUUCUCUUUUCUUUCUCUGUUCUGCUUUCAUAGGGUUCCUUCUGCCUCUUCAUUUCAGCCAUCGGCAGUAGGAGCAAUUUCCUUCUGUUUUGUUCUCGACAGUGGUUGUUUUUUGGUCAUAAAGUAGAAAGCUCUACAGUCGUCAAGAGUUUCAAUCGAGGUUCUUUUACCAAAACUGAUCCGUCGGAGAAGUGAGGGAGUUGAAUGGCUAACAGAACCGAUCCGUCGGCGAAAAGCAUCCAUGGAACGAACCCGCAGAAUCUGGUCGAGAAGAUUUUGAGAUCCAAAAUUUACCAGAACACCUACUGGAAGGAGCAAUGCUUCGGUCUCACAGCUGAAACCCUUGUUGACAAGGCCAUGGAGUUGGACCAUUUCGGUGGAACUUAUGGUGGCAACAGGAAAGCGACUCCCUUUAUGUGUUUGGUGAUGAAGAUGCUUCAGAUUCAGCCGGAGAAGGAAAUCGUUGUUGAAUUCAUUAAGAACGAAGAUUACAAAUACGUUCGAAUUUUAGGAGCAUUUUAUUUGCGCUUGGUGGGAAAGGCAACAGAUGUUUACCAAUAUCUGGAGCCGUUGUACAAUGAUUAUCGGAAAUUGAGACGCAAAUUAUCAGAUGGAAGCUUUGCUUUGAGUCACGUUGAUGAGUUCAUCGACGAACUUCUCACAAAAGAUUACUCCUGCGAUAUUGCUCUUCCACGUGUUCCUAAAAGAUGGACUCUGGAAUCAGGGGGACAGUUGGAACCAAGAAGAAGUGCUCUGGAAGAUGAUUUUGAGGAGGAAGAAGAAGAAAAGGAAGAGGAGGACCAUGCCUUAGAAAAUGGGGUGAAUGAGAAGGACUACUACCGGGAAAGGAGUCCUUUGAGAGAGAGGGACAGGGACAGAAAACAUGAUCGACAUAGAGAUCGCUAUGAUCGUGAUCGUGACCGCGACCGUGACCGUGACCAUGGGAGAGGAAGGGAGAGGGACAGGGAGAAGGAAAGGGACAGAGACAGGGAAAGAGACAGAGACAGAGACAGAGAUAGGGACAGGUAUCACAGGGAUCGCACUAGGGAUGAAAAGGAUCAUAUACGAGAUAGAGACGGGAGAGAUUAUAGAAGGGACCGGGACCGGGAUAAAGAGAGGCGUCGAAGCCGUUCAAGAAGCUGGAGCAGGGACCGAAAAGAUCGUGAAAGAGAUGACCACAGGAAGAGGCAUCGCAGUCCCAGCCCUCCAGGUCGCAGGAAGGUGGAUGGUCAUGAUGAUAAUGAUGGCCGAGAAGAGCGGAAGAAGAAAGAAAAGAAAGAAAAGAAAGAAAAGAAAGAAGAUGUAGGUGAUGGCACUGACCACCCUGAUCCCGAGAUUGCUGAGGCAAAUCGGCUUAGAGCAUCUCUGGGUCUGAAGCCCUUGAGAAUGUGAUGAAGUUUGUAAGGAAGCGGAUAAUGUAAAGGUGAUGAGUGGGAAAAAGAGGUAGCGGAGCUGUCAAUACUGAACCUGACAUUUAUUGAUAACUUCGCUUUCUUGCUGUUGUAGUUUCAAAAGCUUGAUCGUUUGCCAACGAGGUACGGAAUAGAAUACUACUAUAUGGCUUGCUUCUGAA